UAAUCGAGGGCUAACCGGCUAAGCUAAAACACAAAGAUGAGCAAAAAGGGGUUUUAUGGGUUUAAGACAGACGGACAGCUAAAGAAGGAAGAGAAGAAGAAGAAGAAGAAGAAAACAUGAAAGAAAUAGAUUCCUUAUGGGAGGAAGUGAGAGAGUUAAGUCUUGGAACCUCAUCAACAGCCAUAGAUCACCUUCAUUCACCUCCAACCCCACUUCAUUUCCUUCGAAACUACGUCUCUCCAAACAAACCCUGUAUCAUCGCCAACGCCAUCACCCACUGGCCUGCUCUCUCUCUCUGGCCCAACCUCUCCUACCUCUCCCAUUCCCUCUGCCACUCCUCCGUUUCCCUCCACCUCACCCCUCAUGGCCGCGCUGAUUCCCUCGUCCCCUCCACCCCCACCCAUCAUUCCUUCUGCUUUGCCUCCGCUAACGUGCAGCAAGUGCCCUUCCCACGCGCGCUUGAUUGCGUUGUCAAUAGUCGACCUGGUAAAUUCGUCGCCUACCUGCAGCAGCAGAAUGAUUGCUUUAGGACGGAGUAUUCGGCGGCGUUGGGAUCGGACUGCGACGCCCAUAUUGGGUGGGCGACGGAGGCGCUCGGUUGUUUACCGGAGGCUGUGAAUUUGUGGAUUGGCAAUCGUUUCUCGGAGACGUCUUUUCAUAAGGACCAUUAUGAGAAUCUAUAUGCUGUCGUUUCUGGGAAGAAGCAUUUCUUGCUACUUCCUCCUACUGAUGUUCACCGCUUGUAUAUUCGCAAUUACCCUGCUUCCCAAUACUCCUAUUCUGAGGAAAAUGGAGAAUUCAAAUUGGAAAUGGAGGAUCCAGUGAGGUAUGUGCCAUGGUGCAGUGUGAAUCCUUACCCAUCUCCUGAGGCUAAAGAGAGCGAAAUGGCUAAAUUUCCUUUGUAUUUCAAUGGUCCAAAGCCAUUUGAAUGUACAGUCAAUGCCGGAGAGGUUCUGUAUCUGCCAAGCAUGUGGUUUCAUCAUGUACGACAGAGUUCGGAUGACGAAGGAUGCACUAUUGCCAUAAACUAUUGGUAUGAUAUGCAGUUUGAUGUGAAGUAUGCUUAUUUCAACUUCUUGCAAUCAAUUCAAUAUGGAUCAACUUUGACUCAACCCAAAUGUGAGAAAUAUUCAGGUUCUCAUGUAUCUAACUGUAACUUGAGGGAUAAAUCAUGUACUGAUGCGUAUCUAGUACAUGAUAAUGUGGACUCAAACCAAGAUAGUGAAGACAAAUGAACUGAUUUCUUAACCUGCAUGGUUUGAUCAUCCGUUUGUGAAAAUUCUUCAUAUUACAUGAUUUGUGCCGCAAGAAUUGUGGUGCAUUAAGUGCAGAGCUCAAUAGGGAUAACUGAUUAUUUGUCGCAUAAGGGUUUUUCUUGUUCAUUUUGAAGUCUCAGGAUUUGUCAAUGUUCUAAUUUAGAUGAAUACAAUGACAAUAUUACAGUAUGCAGUUUUGCUACUUGUCAAUUUAUUAAAUCAGAUAAAUAUAUGGUGUCAUUACCCUGCAAUA